AUGUCAGCAAAAGCGGCUUACAAGAAUGCGUUAAGGUCAAUAAAUGUAGUAUUUAAAAAUGAUAUAAUUGUGAAACAAGAGGCGAAACUACGCAUCAAGAAUGGAAUACUUGAAAAAGCAAAUUUGACCAAGGAGAAUGAGAUUUCGCAAGCGGUUGAUGAGUUGAACCAAGUUGGUAAUUUUCUUUUGAAGAAUGUUGUUCAAGGCCAGUUACAACCAAAUGGGAAAUAUCUAUUAAAUUUUCAUGAUAAGACCGAGUUAGGGGAUAAUGAGAGUAUUAAACAGGAAAAGAAUGAGAUUGGGAGUUUGAGUGGGUUGAAGAGUAAAAGCAUAAGAAUUUGUAGAGUUGUGAUGACACCGGGAUCAGAUCAAGCUAGUAGAAGAGACAUUCUUAUUUCAAAAACAUUGUCAUAUUUGCUUCGACACGGGGCGCUCAAAGAAAAAUUGGAUAUCAAUGCCCAAGGGUAUAUUUCAAUUCCCCAGCUAUUACAACAUCAACGUUUGAAAAGCUUCAAGACGACAAGAGAAGAUCUUGAACGAGUAGUAAAAGAAAACAAUAAACAGAGGUUUCAUAUAAAUUUGGAAAAAGAUGCCAUAUGUGCAAAUCAAGGUCAUUCUAUACCACAAGUUUCAGGUGAGCUCGAACCAAUGAAUAAAGAAGAAUUAUCGAGACUACAAAUUUUUCAUGGCACAUAUAAGAAAAAGCUACCGAUGAUUAAGCGGGCUGGUGGGUUAAGUAAGAUGAAUAGAAAUCAUAUACACUUGACUUGCGAGAAAUUUCAGUCGCUAUCAGGAAUCCGCAAGACAGCAAACUGCUUGAUUUAUAUUAAUACAGAUAAAUGUAUUGAUGAAAAGGGGUUGAAGUUUUGGAAAAGUGCAAACAAUGUUAUUUUGUGUUGUGGUAAUAAGGACGGUUUGAUUGAAUUGGAUUGUAUUGACAAGAUUGUGGAUCUCACUAGCGGCACUAGCGGCACUAUCGACACUAUCGACACUAUCAACACUAUCGAGCGAAGCGAGAUAGUGGAGAGAGACUAG